AUGUUUGCAUGUGUAUAUGACACUCAUGAAAAUUACAUGCAGGUACUUAUCAAGGAAAACGACUGUAUAGAAAGUAGUAGGAGAUGGAAUCCUGAGAAUCAAAUUGAGUCUUGUUCUUGUUUACUUUUAGAUGCCUGUCUUAGAUGUCAAGCUGAAAACAAACAAGAAGAUUGUGUUGUGGUUUGGGGAGAAUGCAAUCAUUCCUUCCACAAUUGCUGCAUGUCCUUGUGGGUGAAACAGAAUAAUCGCUGUCCCCUCUGUCAGCAGGACUGGGUAGUCCAGAGAAUAGGCAAAUAAAAACACUGGAAGUUUUUUUUUCUGUUGAACUUGUUGAAAUGGUGUAUGUCUUAUGCCAUAUGCUCAUACAAAUAAUGGAACAUGUCAAUUGUGGCAUGAUUUAUUUAGUUUAUCUGCUACAAGAUCAGUGUGGUUUUGUUGUAUGUUCUUUGCUGAAUGUGGAGGUAAUGGUCAGUCUUACGCAGAUAUUUCCACAACUGAAAAAAGAGAGACAUUACAUUAACAAAUGUAUCUGUUAUGAUUUGAGUGUUAACUGCAUCAGAGCAUAGAAGUGUGGUGGUGCGGAUUAUACCCUAAAUACAGUUUGUCUAAUGUUUUUGCAUAGCUAAAUUAAUUAAUUUGAAAGGGCGACCUUACCCGUAAGUCUGAUACGCUGCAUAGUUUACUGUCAGGAUAAAGAAAUUGUUUUCUAAGUAAUAUUGUAUACAAAAACACAGUCGGUGAGUUUUUUAGAAAGUAUUCUGGUUUUUAAUCUAAAAUGAAUAGUGUGUAAAGCAUUUGCUAUGUGCUUUUUCCAUCACGCUAUACUAAACGUUUCUAAUUUAGGUUUUCUUUAUGACUUCAGAAAAUUUUGUUUUGUUGUAUCUCUAAGUCUGUCACUGUAUUAUAUUCUUUACACGAUUUCUAAAACCAUAGUAUUAAAAUUUAACCGCAUUAAUAAUUUUUUUAUUUAUAUUUCUGUUAAAGAUCAUGGAGACGUAUUUUUAAUCCAGAGACUUUUGGUACAAAGACAGGUAUUUGAUAUCAGUUAACCAGGGGCGUAAAAAAUCUCGCUGGUUACCUGACUAAUAUAGAAAGCAAACAAAACUGAUAAUUUAAAUAUCCCGAGGAAAGCAGGUACUAAUUAAAUAUAGGUAAAAAUGUUAAAUUGUGGUUUCAUGAAAAUUCAGUUAAUAGAAAUUUCUUUAUCAUCAUUUUAUUGGUUACAAUGUUUUGGAAGUGGGAGAAAGCAUUGUUUCAUUUUUGUGGAAAUCCUCAAUAUAUCACCUUUUUCAUAUGGUGUGAUUUUUUUCUUACAAAUAUUUAAGUGCUUGCCUCUGACUUUGUCUUUUCGCUAAAAAUAUCUGAAGUAAUUACUAUUAAUCUGAACAUAUGCUGUGGGGUUUUUUUUUAAUAUAUGUAAUAGGUUGAAUUACUGCUUUAAGUCUGUAACAAAUUCAGGCUUAAUAAAAUGGUUAAUAAACCUGGGCGAAAUUGAAGCAAUGUUAUAUGCAUAUCAUUGUUUACUUCAAAAUUACCAUCUUAAAUGUUUAAGAUUAAUGCAUUUCUCAGCAGAUGUAUUUCUAUUUAGUGCUGUUUAAGUAUAUUUAAAGAGGUUUAUCUUCGCUGUGUAAAGUAGUUCCAGUGGCAAUCUUUGUGUCAUCAAGCAUACAUGCAGAGUUUCCUGUGUUUUUGUUUAACACUUGUAAUCCUGUUUUUAAAAUGUUUUGAAUUUUUUAAAUACAGCUUUUGUCUCAUUACACACUGAGAUAAAAAAAAUCCUCUGUGUCACUGUUACAGUGUAUCACAUUGGUGGUUAUUAUCCCGGAUGAUGUCUGUCUUAAAAUUGAAAACAAAUAUAAAAUAGGUUAACAGUAGUAAUGAAGUGCCUAUAGCAUUUCCGUUGUUGUAGAGUAUUUCUGUUUGUGUAAAAGGAUUCUUUCUAAAAUGGUUGCAAAAGAAUGCCUGGUUGGAUGUGGAAAUAAUUUUUAGCUGUCAAAGUUAAACUAUAUCUUAACUACCACCUAUUUUCUCUGCCAGAAUUUGGUUCCAGGCUCCAUCCUCUAACCUCUAUUAACUCCAUCUAGUCCCAUCAGAGGACUUCUUUCUUCAUUUUGCUUUGGUUUAUAGGUGAAUAUGGAAAGUACCAAAGUAAUUUUCACCCUGCUUUCAGUUCACGUCACGUGCAUGACAAGAGUAGCUGAGAAUUAUAAUUGUAGAAAAGUUUGCAAACUGUCAGCUCAAGCAGGUGUUAACACAAAUGAGGUAUUAGGAAAGUUAAUGUUGAAAUCAAAGCAGCUGAUAUUUGUGUAUAUCUGUUUGUGUAUUAUAAGUAUCUUGUUGACCAGUAGAGGUUCGCCUAGAAUAUAAGGUAAUGAAUUUUAAGUUCUGCAUAUUUUCCUCUGUGAUUUAGAGAUUAGCUUAAGUCCCAGUCUUUCUAUGAGCUUUGCACCAGAGGAACUUUCUUCUGUUCCAAAUCAUACCCUGAUACUCCAUUAGCGUAGUUCUUAAUAAGUACCCAUUUUUAGUCCUGAAUUUGUUCACUUCUUGUACAUGCAAAAUAAAUCAGUUUUGCUUC